CGCCGGCGCCGGGAAUGCCGGGGGCCGGGACAGGGCUGGGAGCCCUGGGAGCUCGGGGAGGGGGAUUGGGCUCCUGGGAGGAGACGGGGGGAUUCGGUGGAGCUGCGGUUUCGUUUCCCGACACGUUUCCGCUCGCACGAACUGGCGGAGCUGGGAAACGCGGGAGCCCCGUCUCCCGGCAGCGCGGCCGGGCUGGGGAAGGAGAACCCCCGCCGCACGCCGAACCCCGCGCGGCCCCGCGCCCGCAGACACGCGGGCAGGGACACGUGUGCGCGCAGCCGUGCCCGGGGGUCUGCACGCACGUGUCCGCGUCUCCCGAAACCCUUGGCCGGGGCACCCCCGCGCCGCAGGUGCCGCGGGUCCGGGGGGGCUCCCUCGGGGACGCCGCGGAGCUCUGCGGCCCCCCCCGCACCCCGCGGCCGUCCCGGCGCCGCCCCGCGAGGGGAGCGCGGGCCGGGGCAGCCCGGCACUGGCGUAGCUGGGCUGCGGGUCCACGUCACGCAGUGCCGAGCCCUCCCCUCGCCCGGCCGCGCAGCCCCGCGCCGCCGAGCCCGGCACCCCGCUCCGCAUCGCAGCAGGAAACCGAGGCCGUGGGGCCAUUUAUGGGCCUCGCCACGGCCAUGCCGCCCAGGCGCCGGGAGCUGCCGGGGCCGGACGCGGGGCCCCGCCGACGCUGACCCGCCAUGCCAGCCAAGCCGCCCGCCUGCCCGGAGACCUCGCCGCCGCGCCGGGGCCGCCGGCCGCGCCGUCGCGCCGCGCUCUCGGGCGAGAUGAUCAGCCCGCCGCUGGGCGACUUCCGGCACAGCGCGCACAUCGGGCCGGCCGGCGCCGGGGACAUGUUCGGGGAGCUCUCCUUCCUGCAGGGCCGCUACGACCUGCUGCCCGGGCCGGGCGGCUGGCAGGCGGCUGCGGGGGCCGCGGGGCGCUGCCCGCCGCUGCUGAGGAGCACCGUGUCGCUGCCCGUCUUCGGGGCGGCCCCGGCCCCGGCGCCCCCCAAGCCGCCCCGGCUGCACCUGGAGGAGCCGGCGGGCGGGCUGCGGGGCGCCGGGGCGGCGAGCGGCACACGGGGGCUCUGCCUGGCCGGGCUGCCCUGCUCCGUCUCCUUCCCCGGGCCCCCGGCCCAGGGCCCCGGCUCCCCAGAGCGGCCCCCGGCCCCCAGCAGCCCCCUGCCCCGCUCCGAGUCCCUGCUGGGCUUCGACCUGGACCUGGGGCCCUCCAUCCUCGACGACGUGCUGCGCAUCAUGGAUGGCUACAAGCUGCCCGCUGCCGAGGCCCUAUAGCCUGGCCGUAGGGAGCGCGCGGCACGUGCGGCUCCAGCCGGGGGACCUCGGGGACCGUCCGGGGCGGCCCCCUGCUACGGCCGGUGGAGGUUGGGGUGUGCGUGUGUGCCCUGCGUGUGUGCGUGCCCCUCCAUGCCCAUGCAUGCACCCGCGCACAUGCAUUCAUGCACAAACCUGUGCACGCACCCACGCACGUGUGCAUUCAUGCGCGUACAUGUGUGUGCACCCACUGACACACGCGUGCACCCAGGCAGGGGCGCGACCACGCUGCCCGGCUGUGGCUCUUGCCACACAGCCCUGGCCGCCCCAGGGAUUUCCUCUGCCUGGUGGGGACCUGGGACCCUUUGCCGUCCGGGCAUUUGGGCUCUUCUAAGGGAAGCGGGCCGAGCCCCUGGGCACGCCGCUGCUCCCGGCCUCGCGCCGAACCCCCUUGCCCUGUGAGCACCUCCCCACGGGGCACAGGGGUGGCUUGGCCUCAUCCUGCCUCCGGCAGCAGCAAUAAAUCCGUUUCACAGCCA